UGCAUGCUGCCCAGAGAUGCUCUCUCCGCCAGGCCCAUCUGUCCCCAGCCGGCCGAGGCCAUGCCCUCCCCAGGGACCGUCUGCAGCCUGCUGCUCUUCAGUGUGCUCUGGGUGGACUUGGCCAUGGCGGGCUCCAGCUUCCUGAGCCCCGAACACCAGAAAGUGCAGCAGAGAAAGGAAUCCAAGAAGCCGUCAGCCAAACCGAAGCCCCGGGCCCUGGAAGGCUGGCUUGACGCAGACGUCAGAAGUCAGGCGGAAGGCGCAGGGGACGAGCUGGAAAUCCAGUUCAGCGCCCCCUUUGACGUUGGGAUCAAGCUGUCAGGGGCUCAGUCCCACCAGCACGGCCAGACCCUGGGGAAGUUUCUUCAGGACGUCCUUUGGGAAGACGCCAGCGAAACCCCAGCCCACAAGUGACCUGAGUCCAGCCACCUCUCCGUUUUCCCACCCUCAGAAGCAUUCACCUGGCUUCCUAGAACGCUUCCGAGACCACCCCCAGCUCUGAGGGGUAACAGUCUAGGAGGUGAAUAAAUGCUCAA